AUGAAUAUCAGCCUGCCCGGCAUCGUCGACGCCGCCGUGCCAAACCGGGGCAACCGGAACAUCUCCAUCGUCUCCCAGAACAGCUCCUCCAGUCACAACGAGCAGGGCUUCCUCUCCAGUGACUUCCCCCACUCACCGCCCAAGAUCUACAUCACAGCCGAGAGCGACGACUUCGACGACCUCACCCUCCGCGAGUGGCGGGACGAGGGCUUCAACGUCGAGUACCUCUCCCAAGGGAAUGGCGGCAAUGAGUACACCGCCAAGCUGGCAUCCCUGGGCAACGGCCUAGGACCAUGUGAGCCAUACGGCAUCGUCGCGUACGGCGAUGCCGCCAGCGCGUGUCUCGAGCACUUCCACGUGCUUGACAACAACCCCGAGUUCAAGCUGUGCUCCCUGGUCGCCUACUACCCCACGCGCAUCCCGGAUCCCCGCGCCAAGUUCCCUUCUGCUAUCCAGGUGCUAGCCCACCUGGCCGGCGACGAUGUCGGCGUGGUCAGCCACAGCCAGCUGGUGGGUAUUCAGGGCAAGCGACGCGUGACCAAGAGGAAGGUCGAGCCGGGACUCGGUACCGGUCGCUCGAGCAAUCUGGCCUACCCGGCCUACACGUAUGAUGCCGAGCCCGGCUUCGCCGAGCACGAUCUGGACGAGUACGACAAGAUUUGCGCCGAGCUGGCUUGGAGCAGGAGCCUGACUGCAGUGAGAAGAGCUUUCCGGAGGGAUGCAGAUUUGGAGGCCGUCGUCGAGCAGAACGUGGACAGCAAAUUCUAUUCUCGUGACAUAGGGAAGACCAUGUCUACCUACACGGCUCACAAGUCGCCCCACGUGACCUAUUUUCCAACCUUGACAGGCGGCAUCGGCGCCCAGGAGCUGCGGAGGUUUUACUCCGAGUUUUUCAUCAACAGUAGCCCCCCUACUAUGAAACUCACUCUACUAUCCCGCACUAUUGGUGCCGAUCGCGUCGUGGACGAGCUGCAUGUUGCCUUCAAGCACACGCAGGAGAUGCCCUGGAUCCUGCCUGGAGUGCCGCCGACGAACAGGAGAGUCGAGGUCAUGGUGGUGAACAUCGUGACUCUGAGAGGCGGACGAGUCUACCACGAGCAUAUCUACUGGGAUCAGGCCAGUGUGCUCAUGCAAACUGGUCUGCUAGACCAAAACCUGAUACCGAACAAGGCGAAGGAAAAGGGCGUCAAAAGCCUUCCUGUAGUUGGCAAGGAGGCAGCUCGCCGACUGCUGAAGGGAUUUGACGACGAGGAGGACGGUCAGGCGGAUAACGAAUUGAUUCCGGAAUGGUAUUCGGACGAAGAGUCCGACGAGGAUGGACAAAAUCAGGUGGAAGAUCUGAAGGGAAAGGGGGUGAAAGAGCAGUCAAACGGGAAACAAGCUGAGGAGUCCCGGCCCCAAGGUCGACAAUCGAAGACGAAUGGGGAGCAGUCGAAGCCGGGAGAGCCCGAAAAGGAUCAGCCCUCUCAAAAUCAAACUGAGAAGAAGACUGCCACUCAAUCGAAUGGACAAGCGGCUGACAAGAAGCAACCUCUCAAUUGGAAAGAGAGAGACGGCGCAGAGAAGCCCAAGCAAGAAGAGCCCAAGAAGACGCAAUCUCAGCAACAGCAACCGCGAGGAAAAGAGACCACAGCUCCACCAAAGGAAGAGAAAUUUGAGAAGGCCUCAGCUGAAGACGAGCCAGAGGAGGACAAUUCGGGACAGCCAGAAGUGACAGCACCCAAGAAAGCCCAGCCUCCAGAUGCCAAAGCGAAUCAGACCGCAGAACUACCCAAGAAGGAAGAGCCCAAGAAGGCAGAGCCCAAGAAGGAACAGCCCAGGGAGGCAGAGCCCAAGAAGGAAGAGCCCAAGAAGGAACAGCCCAGGGAGGCAGAGCCCAAGAAGGAAGAGCCCGACGAGGCGCCAUCUGUGGACGAGCAUAAGAAGGCUGAUACCAAACCGCCAGCUGGAAAAAGCCUUGAAAAGGAGGGGCAAGCAGACCAGAAGGAGGAGAAGGUAGAGCAGCCAAAGGCGGAUGCUAAACAGCCAGCUGCAAGAAGCCCUGAUAAGGACGGGCAAGCAGACCAAAAGGAAGAAAAGGCAGAGCAACCGAAAGCGGAUGCCAAAAAGCCAGCUGGGGACAGCCUUGAUAAGGAAGGGCAAGUAGGCCAGAAGGAGAAGAAGGUAGCGCAGCCGAAAGAGAAGAAGGUAGAGGAGUCGAAAGAGAAGAAGGUGGAGGAGCCGAAGGAUGAGGAGAUAGAGAAGCCGAAGGAAAAGAAAGUAGAGCAGCCGGAAGAGAAGAAAGUAAAGCAGCCGAAAGAGAAGAAGGUAGAGCAGCCGGAGAAGAAGAAGGCAGAGCAGCCGAAGGCGGACGCCCUCGAGGACAGUCAGUCGCAACAUGGGGCAGGGAGUGAAACUACAGAGCAGCGGAAAGGGCAAGGGUCAGAGGACACUCAGCUCGAGGACCGGAAGGAAUGA